GUCUCUCUGCGUUCCUGUGCCAUGCUCUGCCGCGCUGCCGCCGUUCUACCCGUGUGGCUUGCUUUGCUGCUCAAAACCACGGCGCUCCUGCGGUUUGCUACCUGCUGCCGUCGCAUCCGUGCCGAGCUGACCGAGAUCCUUGCUGUGUACCGUGCCGCUUCCUACAUUGCUGGCGUCCAUCUUCCUGGUUUCUCCCUUGACGACAUCCUCCGCAUCCGCGUGCUCUUCGCCAGUCCUUGGGAGCCGCCGCACCAUCCUUCUCUUCGUGCUCGUGCCCAGGCUGCCAUGCACAACUCCUUCAACCACUGCGUGGGCAUCCCCGACUCGUUUGCGCCGUGGGCCUUCCGCCCCCCUGCCUACUGCAGCCGUGCCGCCAGUAACGCUCCCGCAUUUACGCGGUGCACGCCGAUCGAACUGCUGCACCAUCUCAACCGCCAGCACGCUGAUACACCACCCUUCCAAGCGCUCGUCGCUUUUCUUGCCCGCGCAGCAUGGCUGUACUCCCCAUACAUCGAGGACCACGGCUUCGACCCGGAUUUCAGUGCCAUACGUUGCCGCGGCCCUGGCCUGGUGAUUGCGGUUCCAUGUGGUGGCUUGACGGCUGCCAUUUGCUGUCGUUUCACCCCAGCCACCACCAUGCGCAAGGUUGUCUGGCCGUGGCUGGCAGAAUUUCAAACCUGAUUUCCAUGUUUGCCGCGUCGCUGGCCACUGACAACUUCGCCCAGCCAUGCUAUACGCCGG